CGUGCCGUAGACGAGUCGUAGACGGGCUCUGGUUCUACUUCUUUCAGCGCAUUUUUUCCACAUACACUCGGAGGAGAAGUCGGUCAGUGUUGUAGAAAUGUGCAACCUCGCCACGGUCUAUGUGUUACUGUCAAUGGGCACGGCGGGGUGAGGUUCUCCACGCUAAACUCAAUAGUAAUUGGUAGCCUACAUUUGAAGAGAUAUUUUGAAGUAGGCCUACCCACUAUAGUUGUACAUUUGUGAAAAAAAAGAGCGAUAUCGAAAAGGAAUUAGUUGAGCGGGAGUGCCGGUCUGGCUCAAGGAGUCUGAGCCCAAGGGGCUCAGCCCAAUCUGGCAGCCGCUCACCUGUUCAGUCCAAGGAUGGAUCCCAUCAGUCCCGCCCUAAAGUCCCGGACCCACUCCAGGUCCAAGAGUGCAGGAGCCGGAGCCACAGCCGCUCCCCCAUGUCAAACCGCCGACGCCACAUCGGAAACCGGGCAAAACCAGAUCCCAGCUGCUGUUUGGGCGUCUUCGGGCUGAGCCUGUACACCACGGAGCGGGACUUGAGGGAAGUCUUCUCCAAGUAUGGCCCUCUUGCAAACGUGAGCAUCGUCUAUGACCAACAAUCACGCCGCUCCAGGGGCUUCGCGUUUGUCUACUUCGAAAGUCGUGAGGACGCUAGAGAGGCAAAGGAACGGGCCAAUGGCAUGGAACUGGAUGGGCACCGGAUCAGAGUGGACUAUUCUAUCACAAAGAGACCACACACGCCCACCCCUGGAAUCUACAUGGAUCGGGCCACCUAUGGCGGUGGUUCCAGCACCUCCUGUCGUCGUGACUACUACGACCGUGAUUACGAGCGAGGAUUUGACCGGGGAUAUGACCGCUACGAUGACCGUGACUACUACCGGUCCUACAGGCGAAGGUCCUCAUCGCCGUACUACGGUCGCGGGGCAUACAGGUCCAGGUCCAGGUCUUACUCUCCACGCCACUAUUGAGGGGUCACGGGACAGUGGUCAUAUUGUGCUGAAGACGAGUGCAGCAGGGAAGAGGGAGGGGUUGUUGAUAUUGGGAACAGAGGACCAAAUCAUCUCAACGUCACAGGCAUUGACAGAAGUUUGACAAAUUAUCCUACAGAUGGUAACUGAGCUGGGGUGCGUUUCCCAGAACCAUAGUUGCUAACCUGUUAGCGACUUUGUUGGAUGGCAAUGGGAAAUUGCAUUGCAACCAACAAAGUUGUUCGUUUAGUCAGGAACUAUGGUUUUGGUAAACGCACCCCUGUAUGACAAUAGAUAGAUGUUUCCUUGCUUGACCAAGUCAGUGUAUCGUGGAAAGUUUGUAAUUCCUGAUAUGUUUUGAAUGUACUAACCUCUAUCUCCCUUGUCAUGAGAUUUGUUCUCUCGUUUCAUUGUUUUUUUUUGUUUUUGUAGCGCAGUGCUCUGUAGCCUUGUAGCCAUGUUGUUAUCUUAAAGCAAUAAAAUGCUGUGUAUGGCCACAGUG